AUGUCCUCUCCGCGCAAGAAGAGAACCGUCGCUGUCGAUGCAGCUCGGGAAAUUAUCACUGGUUCACUUUCCGGUGCUCUUGGUAAGGUCUUUGAGUUCCCCUUUGAUACGAUUAAGGUAAGAAUGCAGUAUUCGCAAUCUUUGCCAACGCCUCUCUUCGGAUCUAGUUGGGAAUGUAUAGUCAGAAGUUAUAGAAAGGAUGGUUUCUUUAAGGGCUUUUAUCGAGGACUAGUACCUCCAAUGUUUGGAGCAGCUCUGGAAAUAAGUACUCUAUUUUUUUCUUACAAUAUGGCCCAGGACUUUAUUAAGUUAUCUAGGGGCUCUAAGCUCUCCGAUGAACUAUCCGUCUUCGAUAAGUUGCUUUGCGGUGCCUGGGGUGGUGUUUGCACUAGUUUCCUCUUGACUCCUGUAGAGCUACUGAAAUGUAGGUUUCAAGUGGAAACGUUGGGUUCUAAGAAAACUUCUGUACCCAAAAUUGUUCGUUCUGUCAUUAAAAAUAAUGGUCUCUUGGGACUUUGGAAAGGUGAAACCACCACUUCAAUUAGAGAAGCCGGCGGUUCCAUGGCCUGGUUCGGUAACUAUGAAGCAGUCCUACGACAUUUUGCCAAAGGUGAUCCUGAUUAUCAUCCAAAACCUUGGCAGUCAAUGCUUGCCGGUUCGUUGGCUGGUGUUGGUUACCACUGCACAAUGUUCCCUGUUGAUACAGUGAAAAGCAUCUACCAGAUAGAUGAAAGAGGGAAACGAUCUCUGAUGGGUAUUGUCAAGCAGAUAUAUAAUCAAAAGGGUAUUUUUGGAUUUUAUACAGGAUUAGGUGUCACUCUAUGUAAGAGUAUUCCUGCCAGUGCCGUUCUUUUCGUCAGUUACGAGUAUAUAAAGAGGAGUCUUCCAUUUUAG